AUGGUAUUUACGCUCACCCUGGUUAAACUGCUACUCCCCUCGCUGUCUGCUCUGUGGCUACCUCACGAUCAAGGUGUGUAUGCUCUGAGCAUGAUCGAGGAUGCCACCUUGAGUCCCCAAGUCGAACCGGUCAGAUGCUGGCCCGAAGUUAGACGUCCUCUCGUUGGUGUUCUGACUUUACCUUGUGGGGAUCGUUGCAUCUCUGGUGGCGGUGGCUACAUCGCUGCGAGCUACGUCAAGUGGCUGGAAGCCGCAGGAGCUCAGGUUGUGCCUAUCCCUCAUUACGAGACGCGCGAGCAUAUCAUGAGGUUGCUCAAGAUGGUUUCCGCCGCUGGCAACGACUCGAUUUUGGAGCACACACCUGGUGCUGAUGAUGUAUCAUUGCGACUGAAUUGGAGAAGCGGUGUGGAGUCGGCGUUAGUGAAGGAUAGAGGUGCUGCCCAGGCCGUACAGGCUACUUCCGCUGGGGACAUGACGUACAAUCAUCACGAUUGGGGUGUUUGGGUCGAUCAACUCUCAAGUUUCCCCGAAGCCGAGAAGAACUUCAAAGUCUUGGCUACGUCCACGAGUACUGAGGUUGACAGGGAGUUCAUCGCUGUUGUGGAGGGUCGAAACGAAUUCGAUGGGGUAUGGGCUGUUCAG